UUUUUUUAUUUCAGAGUGAAGUAACAUAACUCAAAUUCCAAUCUUAUUAAACAUUCUGUACAUUACCAUCAAAUACCACUGUGUGUUAGCAAAGAAGCUGUUGAUAAUGUUCAACCUCAGUUUUCAUUUAAGCCUGGGGGAGUAGCAAAGAGGUUAGAGUGCAGCAGAAAGCUUGGGAAAUGCCGGAGAACUAGCUUGAAGAGUCAGGCAUCCAGGAAGGCAACUUGCAGAGCAUUAAAACGCAGGAAGUCAGGAAGCAGAAUCAAAGAGAGAAUUAAACAAGGCUCAGGGAGCAUAUGAGGAAGAGAUUUUUAAAAGAAUAGUGGGGAGAGACCCCAACAGAAGGGAAGCAGCAGCAGAGAGCUACGGACCAGUAAAAAAAACCAUUGGAAAAGCUUAACCCUCUGAAUGGUGGCAUUUUCCAGUGUACUAGUCACUGAGUACUUAGGAAGAUUUGUAUGUACCUGCUCCAGUGAUUACAAGGAACAACAGAGAGGUCUGGAAAAGAUUAAGCAACACAUUGACAAUCCAGAAGGACAAUGGAAACGGACGAGCAGGGAGAGGUCCUGACCCCACAGGAAUCAUAGCACAAAUAUUAAAUUGAUUUUACUUGAGGCACUUCCCUUUGCUUCUUUAGAGAAGACGUACCUCAGUUCCGUAUGUGCACUAUGACAUAUAAAUAGGAGCCGAUCUUCAAUUCCUUGACAGCUGGAGAAUAAUGUAGGUUUUAUGUGAGCCCAGCAACCAUAUAUCCUCGCUCUAAAGUUAAUAGCAAUGCAAUCAAUGUCUGAGUUCCUUAGCAGAUACGUAGAAACAUGUUGAAUAACAACCGCAAAAAAAAUCUCCAGGUCCAAAACACAUCCUCCUCUUCGAAGCCCUGCCACAUGGCUGAUCAAUUCCCAGAGAGCAGGAGAAAGAUGGCAAACAGAUGAUCCCAGCCGUUUUAGUCGGAAGAUGGCUCUACAUAGUGUGUAUAUGUCAGAACUGCACCUACUCAGGACAGGCUUUGCCAUUUAAUCCUGACUACAUAAAAACCAAACAUACUCAAAGAAAGCCAAGCAUAUGCUCUUUGUUGAGGUUACGUAUGGGCCAGGUGCCAAGUUUUAUACCAAAGUUGGGUCCUAGCGGCGUCGCAGCUUGAGCAUUAGACUGGGACACAGGAGACCUGGGGUCUAAACCCUGCCUGGUCACUAGUCUGCUGGGUGACCUCGGGCGAGUCUCAUCUCUGUGCCUCAGCUUCCCCACCUCUCAACUGGCAAUACUGACCUCCUCUGAGAAGUGCUUUGAGGGGUAUGGCUGGCCAGCAUCCCAUGCUGCUGGGAAGGGGCAGUCUCACCCCACACUGGCUCAUGCGAUGGAUGUCUGCCAGCCUCUCCCGGGGCCACCCGCCACGCUCUGGAAGGCGCCAGAGCAGCAGCUGGUACCUAGGCAGGCUGCUGCUGCACCAGGUGGGGGUCAGUGUCAGGGCAACAGGGAGCCACCAAGGUCCCAUACUGACUCGGGGGGGGGGGGUGAAGUGAACCCCCUCAGUUGCCGGGGGGGGGGGGGGGCCACAGAGGGCAGGGGUUGCCUGAGGCCUUCCCUCGCUGGUGGGGGUCCUGCCCCCAUAGCCCCACCCCGCAAGGAGCACUGGGCGUGGCUACCUAGGAAGGGGCGGAGUUAAUGGGUCGGGGGCGGAGCGUUUUGUUACCACGCCCCCCCCGCCGCGCGCUCCGCCUCGCUCCCAACCGGACACGCGCAAGAUGGCGACUGCGACUCCGACAGAGGUAGCUCCCGGCGGUCUGCCCUGACGGGCCUCCGCCGCCAUGUUGGUGAGGGCGGGUGCGGCGCUGCUAGGUCUGCCCCGCAGCCCCCGCCCGUGGGUAGGUGGGGGCGCCCCUCCCCCACCCGCAGCUGUUCGGUGCUUCCCGCUCAGCCGCGCGCUCCUGCGCGUGCAGGGGCCCGAGGCGGCCACCUUCCUGCAGGGGCUGCUCACCAAUGACGUGGAGCGACUGGUGUCGGGUGGGGCGGACCGUCCCCCGGAGGGCGGGGCUCCCUCGCCACAGAGCUCGCCCCCGCCACGCGCUCAGUACACGCAUGCGCUCAACGUGCAGGGCCGGUGCCUCUAUGAUAUCAUCCUCUACAGGCUUCAUGAAAGUCAAGAAGAGGAACCAAAUAUCCUGCUGGAGUGUGACUGCUCAAUGCUGGAUUCUGUUCAAAAGCAUUUGAAAUUGUACAAGAUCCGGAGGAAAGUAGAUGUAGCCCCCUGCCUUGAUCUCUCGUUGUGGGCAGUCAUCCCAGAGGAACAGUCUGGAGAUGUUUCCAGUAUCCUUGAUAAAUGUGCAGACAAAACUUUGGUUUUAACUCCUGAUCCCAGAGCAGAAGUCAUGGGUUGGAGAUUGAUUACAAACAAAGAGGAAAAUCCACUAGAAAUUGUCCCUGGAAGUCAUAUAGGAAAUAUUAGCGAUUAUCAUAGGCACAGGUACAAACAAGGAAUAGCUGAAGGUGUAAAAGACAUCCCCCCAAGAGUAGCCUUGCCACUGGAAUCCAACCUGGCCUACAUGAAUGGCAUCAGUUUUACCAAAGGCUGUUAUAUUGGGCAGGAGUUAACAGCUAGGACCCACCACAUGGGUGUCAUCCGCAAACGCCUAUUGCCAGUGCAGCUUUCAGCUCCUUUGCCAUUGGGAAGCAUUCCCGAGGGUGCUGCGAUCUUAACUGAAUCGGGAAAAUCAGCUGGCAAGUACCGCGCUGGUGGAGAUGAACUUGGCAUAGCUUUGCUGCGAUUAGCUAACAUAAAUGAGCCACUUCAUAUCAAUUUACCAGGCGACACUAGUGUGAACCUUACUGCAUCUAUACCUAACUGGUGGCCAAAAACUACCAACAAAUAAAUGAGGAAUCCUGUGUGGCACAUCUGCCUUACUUAACAAACUUUGUCUGAUAGGCUGGGAAAUUCAUUCACUCUCUCACUCCCUUCCAUCAUGUUUUCCUUUGUCUUUACCUUUUAUUUGCAGCACUUGAGCAGUGUGUAUUACAAAAGGGUCCUUGGGAACUGGGCCAAAAGGCAGAAGGAACCUGAUGCAUCAUCGAGUCACUGACAAAUCAAGGGCUAAGUGGAGAAGCACAUAGGAGAGCAGAGAAAUAUUCAGCAAAGUCUUGUAAAGUUCAGGAGCAGGAGUUUCUGCUGCUUGCUUCCCCUUAAGGGAGAGGUGUAUCGGGAGGGAGAUUAAGGAGACUUGGGCUGUGCUGGGCAACUAGGCUCCAUUCCUGAAGAUCCUUGACCCAGCCACAGCACUCUUGUAGCCCAUCCUCUCCCUCUGUGACCUGUACCAUACUUCCCUCUUUGAAAGAGAGUGAAGACAGGCCAAUUAUUGCUGGUUGUAUCAGUCCCAUGGGAAUUUGCAUGGUACAGAGGAGAUCUCUAUACUGACUUCCACUAGCUGAUUAGCUCACCCAAAACCAAGGUCCCACAGCUCUGCAGAGAGGGACUUCCGUGGGCUCUGGAACCAUAGAGGAGCCUGUCACAGAGACACUGCUCCCCAGCUCUGUGUCUGGGAGCUUUGCUGGGAGUUUUUGGUUUCCUCCCAUGACAUAGUGGAUGGUUACAUAUAGCUUGAAGAGUCUCUUUGUGGCAGAGGGAGGAGGCUUGGCAUGGGUGAGGAAUAUUAAGGAGUCCAGUGGGGCUGCUAAGGAAUCCAGCCCCUACUCUAUGUGAGGGUGCCCUGGGUUUAUUUGGGUGGUGCUGGAUCUGGGCCCUGCUGCCCUCCAUUGGAUGGAUCAAAACUUAUUCUGAAUAUAGUGCUGCAUAUAUUGAAAUGCUGAAAGGGGAGGUGGGAAUAGGAAUUUUAUCACAAUAUGUGUCAAAUGUUUUUAUGUCAGGAUUAUUUUUGUGGUAUUGUAAGGCUUUUUAAUAGCAGUGUGCUGCCCAUUUCUUUCAAUAGCGUGUGUUUUUGCUACACUCUGGCUAAAAUGUUCACUGUGAACGUUCCUUGCAUCAGGCUUUUCUGCACCGCUCCUAAAUUGCUGAUUGAUGAGAGCUUUUUCUGUCAUUACUGUUAACUCUCUUUGAAGGAAUAGGAAUGGAUUGUACUCUGUCUGCAUUUGAAAUAAGAAUUUUGCUUUUAAUACUUGACCACAUGGGCUAGCAAUCUAUGCAGAUGCUGUAAUAUCAGUAUGUACUCUACUGUUGCAAGGUCAGCAGAGGGAGCACAGUGGUCAAUAGUAUACCCACAGCUGCCCUGCCAUGGCCAGGAUACUGGUAAUAAAGGCCUGGUCUAUGCACAGGUUCAUGUCGGGGUGUGAUAUUUACUGAAAUAGGUAAGCCGAUACAACCCCUAGUCUGCACACGAUCAUACUUGUAUAAAGAUGCCUUCCUCAUCCUUUAUGGGAAUAAACUAUAUUGAUAUAAACUUUAUACCAGUAUAAGUGGUUUAAAUUUGUCAGCAAAUGUUGAGGUUUUGGUUGGCGGAAAUCACAAAUAAGGGUACGUAUAUGCUAGAAAUGCUACAAUGAUACAGCUACAGCUAUGCCACUGUAGUUUUAGGCACUUGCUACAGCCACAGAAAGGGUUCUUCUAUCGAUGUAGUAAAUCCCCCUCUCUGAGAGGUGGUAGGUAGGUUUGACAGAAGAAUUCUUCUGGUGACCUACCACUGUCUACACUGGGGCCUAGGUUGGCUUAACUAUGUUGCACAGGAUGUAAAAUUUUUCACAGUCCUGAGUGAUGUAGUUGAGCUGACCUAACUUUGUAGUGUUGAUGAGGCCUGAGUGUAGAUGUAUGCAAAACUGUGCUGCCAAAAGGAAACUUUCACUGGCAAAACUUUCUAGUGUACACCAGGCCUAAGUGUAGCCAUGCUAAGGAGGUUGUACCACUUUAAAUAUACAAGUAUAGUUAAUAGUUAAAAGAGUACAACUUUCUGUGUAGACAAGCCUAAAUAAAGGUACUAAGAACACAUAAAUAAAAUAUUAGGACCAUGUGCCUUGUGAUUCUUAAAAAAAAAAAAAAAAGUGCCCAAAACCUUCAGGAGGCAGCCAAAACCCCAGGCGGUAUGACUGUUCCCACACAAUCUCUUCAAAGCCAAUGAAGGGACAUGUCCCCUCCCCAAGGUGAGAUGUCCACUCCUUCCCUGCCAACAUGAAUCUCAGCCCCAUAGAGGGCUCUCUCUGGGGGAUGGGGGACAGUGCCACAAAUAUGCAUGAGGGAGUAACAAUCCUGCCUUUGAUAAGAAAAUGCUGAGUAGAGCCUGUGCAGUGCCCUAUGGAUCUGAGGCCUGCUUGCCAUGCACACUCCAUGCCCUGUUCUUCCCAGCUGUCUAACUCUUUUGCCCUAAACUAGGGGGUUUUCCAGGCCCGCACUUUCCUCACUGCUUCACUACUGCCCCCAUCCUCCCAACAGCUUCAUGUGGCCCCCAAACAAGGCCUUCGGGUUAGUCCCUACUGCUGGCUCUUACUGAGGGUUUCUCUAGCCACCUUACUUCCUGGGUGCUCAAACCUGCACCCAAUAAUUUGGGGCCUCUUUGACUGCUGCUACUUCAUGUUGGCUACUGCUGCUUUUUCCAUCUUUGCACCUCUUCCCCCCCACCCCACUCCGGGCCUCCUCUUCCUCACUCCCUCUAACCCCAAACUAAUUUAUAGAAGCUGUGUGUAUUUUUUUUAAGUAAAUAAUGUGAACUCAGAAGUGAGGUGUAGGGAAGAGGAGUGAGGGGGAUGAAUGAGUAGGGUCCUGAUUGAAUGGGUCUGGAAGGGGCCCAAGAUGAUGAACUAGCCCUGUUUAAUAUUUGUUUGAAAUAACCAUUGUCCAAAGAGCAUUUCAUCAUUGCCUUGCUGUAGCCAUUACUGUGAAGUGAAAUGUGUAUGAAAAAUGCUUAUAUUCGUUAAAACUCCUCAGGCUUGCUGUAAAAGGAAUCUGUGGAAUUACUCAUUAAAAGUUAGCUAUGUCAAUGAUUUAAUAUUGGUGCUUCUGUGUGAUUGGCCUGUAGGUUAGGUGGAGUUGCACAGACAAAGGUCUUUUAUUUUUCAGUGAUAGUAGUAUGUUAUGUUGGCAGCUGUGCUUGUCUUCACAGAAGGGUUCUGCUCAUAUGCCCACUGUAGUCAAUGUGGUCUUAGCCCAUUCUGGAUCAAUGUCAAGAUGUUAAAUUAAGCAUCCUCUAACUACCGGAACAGGAAGUUAAAGAUGAACUGGAAGUCUUGUUACCUGUCAAGACCGAGUUCACUUUCUGCUGUUUCUCCUGCAACGGAUGAUAUCAUUAAUACCUUAAAGAACAAGAAGGUGCACAAGAAGGGUUGUUUUAGGUGGUCAGUAAGCCAGCUCCUUGUGCUUUUUAUAUAAAAUCUCCACGUGCAGUUUGGGAUCAUCAUUUUUCUUAAUUAAAAAAAAAAUCGGUUUUUCUUUAAAGAUUACCCGUUACUAUUGGACAGGAGCAGGGGGUAGCUGCAAUCUCUUGGCCACUGUUGUGCCUCCCUUCUUAAUGCCAGUACAACUACCUGUGUUUUAACUAGCACUGAUCUUGAAGACUUGUCCUAUUAACCGUGUAUGAUGAGUGCCAAGUUUGCCUGACAGUCAUCAUUCUGACGCUACAAAACUAAAAUGCCUUUGGGAUAUAAGAAAAUUGAUAAAGAAUCAUAGAAAUGUAGGACUGGAAGGGACCUCAGUCUAGUCCAGUCCCCUGCACUGAGACCAUCCCUGACAUGUGUUUGUCUAACCUGUUUUUAAAACCCUCCAAGAAGUAAUAUUACGUGUGUUAAAUAUUUAAAAAUAAAAGCAUCUAUUAAGGCACAAGAGGAAUGGGACUAUAAAAGAUAAAAGGAAUCCUUCUCAGUGACAGCAAUUGUCCCAGUAUUCUUCAGUUACAGAUAGGGUUAAAAAUCUAAUUAUCAUUGUGAAAUAAGUUACCUUUUUUUGUUUGUUUGUUAUUAAAAUGUUUAUUGGCAGCUCCCAUUUGAAGUGUUCCAUCCAAGCUUUUCUAAACUCAACCCAAGUGUUAAUCUUGAUGAGUGUACUGUUGUGCAGAAGUACUCCAAGUUGUCCAAGGUAAUAAAAGUCCAAUUUAGCCUGUUACAUAAAAUUGUUUAUAAAGUCAGCAAAAGUUAGACACUGUUUUCUAGGGUUACAUUUUAAAGAAUGUUGACGCAGCUUGAAAUGGCUACCUUCUUGUUUACCUAUUAAGUGAGAGAUCAAACAGACUUAGUCAAAUAAUAAUUACUCUAUUCUUGCUGAAAGUCUUGUCAUGAAAUCCAUCAAUGAGACAUAUAAGUGAUGCUUGGCUACUUACCCACGAAGGAAAAAAAUGAAAAAAGGCCUCUAUUUUCAUUUAUUUUGGGCAAGGAUAUUUUUGUGCGAUUCAAGAAUUGUUUGGCUGUGGUAUUGACAUAGGAAUGAGUCCCUGAAGAGUCUUUUUAGUGCAGUCUUUUUAGAUUAUGUAAGAUUCCUCAGUAUCAGUCAGUUCUUAGGUUGCUUAUAGAGUUUUUUGUUUUGUUUUUUUAAGCUUGAACUAGAAAUUAACCUGUAGUGCUUUAGACUUUCUGGAUUCUCUGAAUGUGACGAAGGAGAGACUGUGUAGAAUAUGCUUACGCUGGUUUGUCAAGAAAAGCUUUUCCCUCCGCCACCAAUUGCGCAAGCUCUUCUCAGAAUAUUUAUAUGGUACUACUGUAUAUGCACCAGGAAUAAACACAGUUUCUUCUUUUCA